UCCGUGGCGCCGAGGGGCGGACAGAGCCAGGGUACAAACACUCCAAGUCCGCGAACAGCGCGGAAGAGUGUCUCAGCUCGCCAUCGCAGGCGGCUCACGGGGCAGGUGUCUAACCCCGCUCCCCAGCCGACUUCCACGGAAGCCGCCCAGUCUGAUGAGUCUCUCGCCUAGAAGGGGGGACGCCGGCCUGGGACUGCGGUUGAGCCCUGAGUGAGAGGGGCUGCGGGACCAGAGCCGCCCCUAUCUCUGCCCGAUAGGCCAGCGUCGGAACGCACAGGGGUCUGGGGAAUCCUAGCGAGGGAGAGUGCAGCUGGUUGGUCGCAGUCGUCACCUCCAGGCUGACAAUCCUAGCGGGGGAGGGGGCGGCCCUGAGGUUUCCUGGGACAAAGGCCCGGGGCUCUUUGUCUGAGGCUACUUCCCCCAACCCCUUCCUGCCCCCAGUGGGGCCCAAUAUCUGCCCUUGCUCUGGACACAUUCUUCUGCCAGGCCAGCCCUGCUGUCCCACCAGGAGACUCCAAGCCUGGGCAGCAGCCAGGGCCCCUCACUCUUUCAGUGUUCCUUACGCCGGCCAGCAGUGAGAGCGUUUAGUCUGUACCGCCACAAUUAGACUGAGCCAUAGCAGAGGAGGGGUGUCCUCUGUCCCACCACAAGCUCUACAAGAGCAAAGGCUGAAAGGUUGAAAGUCUGAAUGAAUGAAAGUAGGGUGACAGUGGGGGCAAAGACUGGAGGGCAUGGGUCUGGGACCUCACUUUGUCCUGGGCAGAGGGAACAAUUGCCAUUGUUAUGCAAAUGUAUCCAGGGCUCCUUGUGGUAGCUCAAGUGAAGGAGGUGGAUGGAGGGGGUGGGUGAAGCUUCUGUCUUGGGGGUUAGGCAAACAGCCGCUGAAGGCAAAGAGGCCGAGGGAGGUGCUCAGGUCGGGGCCCACUGCCAGUCAGAGCUCAGCCACCUCUCACCCAGGUUCUCAGGGCUCCACCCCAUCCUCUCCCCUACCCCGUUUGCUCAGCCCCCCUGAGGUCCACAUUCUCAGGAAGCCCAUCCUGCUGGCCCGUGGACACACAGCGCGUCAGUGGCCCCAAUACCCACUGAUCACCCCAGUCAGGCCGUAGGGUGGAACAGGGUUUGUUGGGGGUGUUGGCCUGAGUGGGUGACCAUAACAGGCUCUCUCGGUCACUCUGUCCCCUAGGCCUGCUGAGGUUAGCUGGGCAGUAGGUCAGCCUCUCACAGCUUCUCCUUCACGCUGAGCCAGGACGUGGGCCCAGGGUUCACCCAGGGCCCUGGUCUGGGGUCUCCCUGGAGGCUCCUGGUAACAAAUAGCCCCUCCCCUCGUGGGUGCUGGUUUCCAUGGCAACACUAUGGAGCCUCUCUCUCCCCAGGCCCACUUGGAUUUCAGGCCUCAGGUGAGUGCUGGGGAGAGGGCCUGAGGGGACAGGGAUGUCACUGGCAAAUUUCGAGCACCUCUGGGGACCCUCGCUCUAGGCUGAGGGGCAGGGCCUCAGGGUCUGGAGGGCAAAGGUGACAAGGAAUGUGUGAACACCCAAGUGACAUUCCUAGUCAGAAACACACAGGUGAGGACACCCGCGUGACUGGCAGUCUGCUGUCCUGUGGGGCAGAGCCCACCCCCCGCCACACGCCUCAGUGCAUGAAGCCCUGCGAACCCGCCGUGCUGUCUGGGGCUGUAGUGCAGGCCCAUGUGUGUAUGCCCAUGUACCCAGGGGUGCCCACGCACGGGACAUGAGACACAUAGCCCCACUACCCCUCCUCUCAGCAGCCCCACAGACAUCAAGGAUGGCCCCUACGUCUUGUCAGGAGGCUGAAGAAGCUGAGGAAAAGGACCUCCCAGCCCUUGCGGACCCUCCAGCUGGCCCACCUGCAGACCACGUGGCUCCUGCGUGCCCUCAGGACACCAAGCCCAGCUUCUCCGUCAAUCUGCAGGUGGCCCCAGAGUCCCUGGACCCCCACACCCUGAGGCUGCUGUGGAAGCAGUGGGAACUAGAGAUCCAGGCCCUGCGGUGGGCCGUCCAGAACCACCAGGAUGCCCGGCGCUGCCGUAUCCUGCAGGAAGUGGCUGGGCUUCCACCAGAGAGGAGCUCGCGCAGUCGGGAGAAGAUCCUGCAACACCAGGUCCAAAAGCUGAUGCUGGAGUUGAAAGAGCAGAAGGAACAGGCCCAGCUGGAGAAGGCGCACUUGGAGGAGCGGCUUCUGCAGGCCGGGACCACGCUGCAGCUGCUGGAGGCUGAGCUGCAGGCCUUCCAGAAGUCCUGCCUCCUGCAGCUGGCCCGCUCCUCCUGGGUGGGCCGCAUUCUUCGAUCUUCCACUGGCAGUGUGGAAGUGGUAACGGCAGAGAGCCUGAUGGACCCCAGCGACUUCUCUGAGAGCCAACCGGCCCCCGCUGCUGGGGAGGGUUUCCGGCUGGAGGAUGUGGACUGGAACAGCAUCGCCCACCGGUACCCCAACCUCUUCACCGACUUUGAGUUCAACACAGAUCAAAGGCACCCCCGGGCCCCGCCACCCCCACAGCUCCCACCAGCCACACCUUCUGACCAGCGGAGCUCCGAGCUGUGCUGUCGGCGCAGGGAGCAGCGUCUCAAGAGUGUCGAGUGGAGCUCCCCGCCCUUGGGUGGCACCAGCAGCUCCGGGGGUGCUGGCUCCGACUCCAGCAGCUGCGGGCCGGCUGCACAUUAUCGUAUGCAGAAAGUAACUGGGGACCCUCCCCGGGCACCAGGCCACACUUCUGAGCAGAUGGAAGCACGGGCACAGAGCCUCUGCGGGGACAGUCAGGCCCCAUCAGAAGGCCGUGUCCCUCUGGGUCUCUGGAAAGCGCACUUGGACCGACCAUGCAAGACAGUCCACUUGUCCCGUGAGGAUCCCCACCUGCAGCAUCCUAGGACCGACCCAAGACCCGUGGGGCUGAAGAUCGCGGCAGUGAGCCGCCACCAGAGGUUCGUGCGCAUCCUCAACCAGUCGCAGGAGGAGACCGCCGAUCUGGGUGGCUUCGUGCUGCAGCAGCGGGUGCGGGACUUCCCUGUGUGCGUGUACCGCUUCCCACCCAGCACGCUGCUGGCGCCACGGCACCACAUCACGGUGUGGGGCGAGGCACCCAGCAACACCAAGCAGCAGCAGCGCGCCUCCCUGGGCAGGAGGCCCGUCCACUUCCACUCCAGCCGGAGCUGCGUGACCCUCCUCCUGAACACCCAAGGCGAGGUCCUCAGCCAGCACCAGGCCCCGUACAGCGUGGCCCCCGACUCGGGAAUAUACGCUGACAACACCGACUUGUCCGUCGAUCGGUGUCCUUUCUCAGAGGAGGCUGGGCCCGGAGCCGAACUCACGGAGCAGCAGCCCCAGCUUCGACCCGCGCGCAAGGGUCGGAGGCAGGAGGCUCGGCCCAGGCGCGGGAGGCCGGGGUGCGGAUCGCGGGUCUCUCAGUCCAAAUCUGUUCCCCAGGCCCUGACUCUUGGCAAAGACGGCAGACCCCCUCCCAGGACUGUCCCCACCUCCCAGGCCCCAGUCUCCUCCGGGACCACGCCCUCCCGCGGACCGACUCUGUCCUUCACGACCCGCACCCCCCACCCGCACCCCAGGACGCGGGUCGAACUGCCCCGCCUGAGCGCCGGCCAGCCCCUCCGCCAGCGGGAGGUGCCAGCGCGGCCCGAGGGCGUGGCGACCCGCCCGGAGCUCCUGCCCGCCCUCCCGGGUGAGAGCUCGGUGGGGAGCGCCGCGAAGGGCGGGGCGGCCGGCCAGGAGGGGGCGGCCGGCCGACCCCGCCCCACCAUUGUCCACGGUCCCCCGCAGAGACCGGGCUGGGCCCCGAGGACCGCCAGCCUAGGAGGGAACGCAAAGUCCGGGUGUGCCGGAAGCGCGUGGACCGCGGCUGUCCCAUGGUGGCGCUGUCGGUGCAGAGCACGGCCGAGAGCAGGUUCGGCUUCCGCUUCCUCAGCUGCCCGCCCAUCACCGCGGACUCUCGCCGGCCGGUGUAGGGCCCGCGCUGCGCGCCGUCCCGGUGACUGCAGCGGGCGGUGCGGGGAAGAAAGCGCGGAGGCAGGCGGUGCCAGGUGCAUAAUUUAUUGAACCCACGCCGCCUACUAAGUAAACCGCAUUUCUGUACA